CAAAAUAGAUUGAGUAUUUUGAAGGUAAAGUCUGAGUUGUGCCCUAAAGUUUGUAAAAGAUUGCAUAGGGAGAAGAUGAGUAGCAGUAAAUGAUUGGCUUGUUGGUCUUCUGACACAAAAUUUGAGGUUAAGAGUGGGCUACAAAGUUUCAUUGUGGGCCUAGAGAAGAGGACAUGUACCUGUAGGAAAUGGGACAUCACUGGUAUUCCAUGCUGCCAUGCAAUUUCAUGCAUAUUCUUCAACAGAGAAGCAACUGAGAAAUACACCAAUGACUGCUACAAAGUUAGCACAUACAAGGCAUGCUAUGAGCCCAUCAUUGAUCCCAUUAAUGGUCAGAAUAUGUGGACCCUAACUGGACUCCCACCUGUGCAGCCUCCAAUAAAGAGAAGGCCACUUGGCAGGCCCAAGAAGAAGAGAACAAGGGAACCCAAUGAACCAAAAAGGGGUCAUAGCAAGGGGUUGGGUAUUGCUAAGAGGUGCAAGUCAUGUGGGAAGAUAGGUCACAAUAAAAGAAGUUGCAAAGGUGAGGUUGGAGGGAAUUCUUCACUGCCUACAGCUGGUGGUGGUGGUCCAAACAGCAGGAUUUCUAGGCAAAAACAGACAACUAAUGAGCCAAGUGGAGGAGUGGCCAUCAAUGAGCCAAAUCCACCAAGGGCACCACCUACCACGAGAGUUGGAAGCAAUGCAGCAACUACCAGACAAGCUACAAGUAGUGCACCCCCCAAUAAUACAACAUCCAAUCCAAGCAGCAACACACAUGGAAAUCCAAAGAAGAGAAAGAAGGGGAGUGUCACAAGUGAGACUUUGAAUGCAUCAAGAAAUGCAUCUAGGUACAGAGAAGCAUUGAGCCAGUCAUCUAUGCAUGGGCCAAUGGGAUAAGCUGGUGGAGACUGAGCAAUAUCCAUUUCUUUGUUUUUUGUAUCUUUGAACUUUUUUGUGGUAGUCAGUGUGAAAGGUUGUACUUA